CGCAGUCCAGAGAUAAUAGUCGACAAGAAACGCGGCCGUUGUUGCAUCCGACUCCAAAUUCUAGAUACAGAGUCAACGUCGCAUUCGACCACUCUAUGCUUGCGUUUCUAUUCUUCUUACACCCUCUUAUCGCACCUCCGUCCUUUCCGUAGAUAUGGCGUCGUCUCUACCACCCAAUGUCCAUCUUUCCAAACACCCUUGUCUUCGCGCAAAGCUCAGCCAGCUGAGAUCCAAGAGUACCAAUGCUCGCGAGACAAAGACCCUUAUUCAUGAGAUUACCCUGUUGCUAGGGGCCGAGGCGCUUGCGCAACUCGAUAUCGACUCGGUUGGAACAGCUGAGACCCCUAUCGGAUAUGAGUACCCCUAUGAGGCCAUUGAUUGCACCAAACUCACCGUUGUCCCCAUCCUGAGAAGCGGACUCGGUAUGGUCGAAGGUGUGCUAGUUGGUCUCAAGGGAAUACCUCAGAAACUGAUGCUCAUCGCAGCAAUACAAACUCUCCUGCCUGAUUCCGUCUCGAUCCACCAUCUCGGCCUAUUCCGUGAAAAGAUGACUCUGCAACCUGUUGAAUACUACAACAACCUCCCUCAAUCCCCGGAAUCAGUGGCGAAGCUCGCUAUUGUCGUCGACCCCGUCUGCGCCACAGGUGCGACAGCAUGCGCUGCGAUCCAAAGCCUGAAGGACUGGGGUGUCGAGAAGAUCAUCUUUUUGUGCGUUUUGGGAGCUAUCCCAGGUAUAACAAGAGCCGCUGCGGAAUGGCCAGAGGGCACACAGGUAUGGGCGGGCGGCAUCGACGAUGACUUGACUGAUAAAGGCAUGAUUAAACCGGGCCUUGGGGAUGUCGGUGAUCGUCUUUUUCUGACCAUAGGAAAGUGACGGGCAGGAGUCGACAGUUUCGCCUCGGGAGCUGAUGGAUUUGCCGACCCAGGAAGAGCUUUCAUUUUCCCUAGAGUUAUUCGGUACCAGUGGCAGCCGUCGUACCGUCACCCUCUCUUAGAUGGCCGCCGGGAAUAAAGGACCACCCUGUCACUUGAGGCAAAUGAGUGCCUGAUGUCCAAAACUUCGUUCAACCGUGCCUUCGUGUCUCAGAAGUCGUCCAAGCCAUCUUUUUGCGCCAUCGACCUCCUUUGCUCCAAAUUUCACCAGGACGAAGCCUCUUGUCUUCGCUGCGGUCCACAGGAUACCAUCCUGUUUUUCGUGUUGACUAGCUUGCUCGAUCUGGUCGACUGCCUUAC